UUCCGGCGCGGCCCGCGCACGCCUUCCCCUCCCGCCCGCCGCCCCCAAGAUGGCGGCGCCCGUGUCGCUGCAGGUGGAGUUCGGAGGUGGUGCAGAACUCUUGUUCGAUGGUGUCAAAAAGCAUCAGGUGACUCUGCCCUCUCAACCAGAGCCUUGGGAUAUCAGAAACCUGCUACAGUGGAUCAAACAGAACCUGCUGAAAGAACGACCAGAAUUAUUUAUGCAAGGGGAAUCUGUGAGGCCAGGAAUUUUGGUGCUCAUCAAUGACGCAGACUGGGAGCUAAUGGGUGAGCUGGAUUAUAAACUCCAGGACCAGGAUAAUGUGCUUUUCAUCUCGACAUUGCACGGCGGGUGAACUCCUGGAAAAACAAGAGGACAUGAAUCCAAACCCUUGGGCAAAAAAAACCCCACAAACAAAAACCUAAACCUACCCCAACCUCUCUGGAACUGCCUGUGCCUGGUCUCUGCAUCUUCCCACCACGUUCACUUGUUACUACCCAUCCAAAUAAAGCCCUACCAGCACGUGGCCUGCUGUCCACCACAA